CAUAGUAGAAAGCUAUAAGCAGCUGCUUAUAUUGAUUUAGUUAAUUAAGAUCCAAAAAAGCAGUGGAGUAUUGUAAAUUAUAUUGGUAACAAUAAAGUUGAAGGAUAUGUUUGUUGUGUGGUAGCAGCGGCAGGAGUUUUAAAAUAUCUAGAAAUGAAGAGUAUAAAUGGUAUUAACACUUUGUAGUACUAUGGAAAAGCAUACAAUAAAUGAAAAAAGAAAUUCAUUAAAGCGCUCUGGCUUUCGCUCCAUUGAAACAAUUGGUCGAUUAGUUAUUUCCAUUAUUAUACGAUUUUGGAAGGCAUGCAGUGUUGCUAUGCUAUUCAUUUUUCUACUAUACUGGUUAUAUGGAGGAAUAAUUACAGUUUUUUUACUUAGUGCUGCUUUUAUUGGUGCAUUUUAUCACUAUCAAGAUGCUUUAUUAUAUUUUCCUGAUCAACCUGAAAACUCAAGAAUCUAUGUACAAUCUCCAAGAUACUUAGGAGUGCCUUAUGAAAACUUAUAUAUUAAAACACGUGACGGAAUAACUUUAAAUGCUAUAUUUUUAAAGCAAAGUGGUAACAGAUUAAACAUAGCUCCAACAAUUAUUAUGCUUCAUGGAAAUGCUGGUAAUAUUGGCCAUAGAUUUUCAUUAGCUCAACUUUUAUAUAUGUAUACUGGUAGCAAUAUAUUCUUACUUGAUUAUAGAGGCUAUGGCAAGAGUGAUGGAAUGCCUAGUGAAAAAGGAUUUGAAUUAGAUGCUAUAGCUGCAAUUGAGUAUCUUCUCUCUCACUCUGAUAUUGAUCAUAAUAAACUUGUAUUGUAUGGAUCAUCACUUGGUGGUGCAGUAACAUUUGCUGUAGCUUUUUAUAAAAAAUACAUGAACUUACUUUUUGCAAUUAUUGUUGAAAAUACAUUUACAAGUAUACCUGAUAUGGCGCGUCACUUGUUUAUACUAGUGAACAAGUUACCAUCUUGGUGUUACAAAAAUAAGUUUCCUUCAAUAGACAGAGUUGCUGUUAUAACUACUCCAACAUUAUUUCUUUCUGGACUUGCAGAUCAACUUGUUCCUCCAAAGCAGAUGGUACAGCUUUAUAAUUCAUCUGGAGCUUGUUUGAAGAGAAUUGAGAGGUUUGAUGCAGGCUCGCAUAAUGAUACAUGGCAGUGUAAUGGAUAUAUGGAUUCUAUUAACAAUUUUUUAAAUGAGGUUUAUGAGGCUCGAAAAAAUGGUUUGAUUGCAUAUAGCUGCUACCGUCAAACAAAUGAAGAUGAUAUAGACACAAUUAUUGAUCUUUAAUCAAACCCUUUAUAGUAAUAAUUUUUUGUAAUGUAGACCUUUGUCAUCAUAUUAUUGUUGAUUGCAUUUAUAUCAAAAAUAUCAAUAACGAGUAUUUUAUCUUUGUUAUUAAUGUUUUUGUUGAUUACCAAUUUAUAGAGGUUUUUAAAUUGCUACACUAUUAUAUGUGAAUUCCUUUCAAAAAUUAAAAAAGUUUUGUCAUUCAUUUGCCUUUUUUAGAAAAAUAUUUAUUUUUUAUUGUAAAAUGGAAAAUCUAAAGCCGUGUUCUCAUCUCUAUUCGAUUAACUUAAUGGAAUCAAAAUUAUAUUUUAGCUUUAAUAAAAUUUUUGUUUUGAUAUUGUAUUUAUUUUAGAUUAUUUGAGAAAAUAUUUUAACAUUUUCUCUGUUCAA